AUGUCGGAGAAACGAAAGCGCGCAGGAAAUGAGGAGACUCGACACCCUGCAAGAGCAGAGAAGAAGGCGAAGAAAGGCUUCCAGGUCGGGCCCGCCAACCUUCCCGAUGGAGCAUAUAAACGAAAAGUCAAGAAGAUCAAAGCGAGCCUCAUAGAAAAAGCACAAAUCAAAAAGCAAUACUCCAAAGUGAAGCGGCAACGCGAGGAAGCGCAGGAGGCGGAGAAGAUGCAGCCCGCACCAUCACCGCCGCCGGAAAAUGUCACGCACGAGCCCAGCACGGCGCCGCAUCCUGAUCGCCAGAUACUCAUGGACAACGAACCAGCACCAUUCGAAGACGAUCGGACUCCGGCAGAAAGCAGAAACCGCAGGCGCAAGCCCAAACCUGUCCCGUUCAAGCGUGAAUACGAACAGGCGCAGGUGCGGAAGGCCGAGGCGGAAGAACGUCAGAAGAAGCGCGAGGAAGCGGAGAAGCAGCGGGUGCAGAAGGUCGAGGACAGGGAGCGGUUCCGGAAAGCUAUGGCGAAGGCGAGGAGUGGCGGGCCGAAUGGGCAGAGGAAACUCGGGAGGGAGAGCAAGGUAUUACUGGAGAAGGUGAAGAGAAUGGUUGGAGAGGAUGGUUGA